AUGACCCUCGUGGCCCAACACAGUGCCCUACGCAGUCAGCCGGCCGAAGCGCUCAACCUGCCAUUCAUAGCAAUACGGCUUUCACAACCAGCCUCAACCCCAACAAUCACCGCUGCAAAGCAAUCGAAUACGGUUACUGUCAAGAUAUCUCCCAGAAGUUCAGUCAUUGAUCUCACUAAAGACCAAAAGGCCAGGGGUUCUGAGAAGGAAGAUGUGUUCAAAACUAAGAUUCAAGACGUUUUCCCCGACAUUUGCGAGGAAUAUAUCAAGAAGCUGUACGCCAAAUAUGAUAUCAAUAAUCGCACCGGGCAAUCGUUCCUCGUGGCAAUUCAGGACGCGCUUGAUGAGAUUCUUGCAAAGUCACCCUACCCUAAACAGGUCUCGAAGAAGCGGAAGCGAGAUGAAGAUCUUGACCAGAACGACAUGCAGAGAAUUCGAGAAGACAAGAUCUUCUACUUUCCAGUUGCCUACAAAUUACUCGUUAAAUCUUAUCCGUCUGUGCCUUCUACGACAGUAAAAGAUCUGCUGACACGAUACAAAACCUUUCUCAAAGCGUACAUCGCUCUUCAUUUCUUGGGGCGUCCAGCAUCAGAUGCAAGUGAAUACUGGAGACGCUUACACAGCGCCAAAGACAAGCAUCCAGCACUCUUCGCUGCAGUGUUGGAUCACGAGCUGCAGGAAGCGAAGAGAUUGAUCUCUGAGAAAGAAGGUGUACUCAAGAAAAAGAAAGAAGACGCGAUCGAGAAGCUUGUUGAGGAAGAGCACCGACUAGCCGGAACUUUGGUUGAAUGUCAGUGUUGUUUUGCCGAAGUGCUUCCAGACCGUACCGUGCCGUGUGACGGAGACGAGAUUCAUUUGUUUUGCAACUCCUGUAUCAAGCAGAAAGCCGAGGUUCAGGUUGGCUCGAUGCAGUACGAAUUGAAAUGCUUUGAUACUAGUGGAUGUCAAGCCCACUUCAGUAGCAAAUUGAUCAGGAAAGUAAUUGGUGACAAGCUGAUGAAGCGGUUGGAGGACUUGCAACAACAAGACGAAAUUGCAAAGGCGAGCAUCGAUGGCCUUGAAGAGUGUCCAUUCUGUGAUUUCAAAGCAAUCUGUCCUCCGGUUGAACAAAACAAAGAAUUUACUUGCCUGAACUCGGACUGCGAGAAAGUCAGCUGCCGCCUUUGCAAGGAAGAGACCCAUAUUCCGCAAACUUGCGAGGAAGCGAAAAAGGAACGUGGUCUUGAAGUACGCCACACCGUCGAGGAAGCAAUGACUGCAGCUUUGAUCCGCAAAUGUCCCAAGUGUGGCUUAGCGAUAGUCAAAGAAGACGGUUGUAACAAGCUGAAAUGCCGAUGCGGUGCUCUCAUCUGCGACGUAUGCAAAAAGGACAUCUCGAAGGAUGGACGACGGAUGAAUGAAGUCAUGCAGGCUGAACAGGCUGCCAUGGCGGAGGUACUGGCUCAGGGGGGGAAGAUUGACCCUGAGAUGCUGCGUGUUACAUCAAAGGAUGAGGCGAGUGUUGGAGAGCAAGCUCCGGCUCAACACGUGCCGGUCAAUGGGAACCGGCGGCGAGCUCAGAUGCCUCAGAUGCCUCAGAUUCAAAUGCCCCAGCUGCCUCAAAUUCAUAUUCCCCGGUUGCCACAGAUGCCUCGAAUUCCACAUAUGAGUCAGUUUCAAUUGCUAAAUGCAGCCCAGGCACAUCAGGCACAUCGCAUACCUCAGGUGGCCGCACCUAUAGUCCCUCGAGAGAUCCCAUCGAACGCCUUUCCUCAGAUGCCCAGACUUGCUACACUGAAUCCAUUGCCUCAAUUGACCCAAUUCCCUCGUAUGCCUGAGGUAUCCAUGCCAAGGAACAUCAAUCCCCAGGCACAAAGACGCCCAAUACAGACUACGACACCUGUUACACAAACAGCUCAACCCACAGGAGCAAUCACACAACCACGGCCAUCUAAUACCUCUGCCAUACUACGGACUACAACGCCUGCAAUGUCCACGGCUCGACUUUCAUCAACCGCUAUACAACAACAGACUGCCUCUACCGCAUCACGAAUUACGACACCUGCGAUAUCCACGGCUAGACGUCCAGUGACGACACCACAACGAACACUCACUGCCCCUGCUGCAUCAAUGUAUACACAGAUGCGGCAGCAGCAGUUGUACAGACAAGUACCGCAGCCACAGAUAAUACCACCGCCGCUACAACGCACCAAUUCCAUGCCAAUUCCGCAGUCUCGUCAGMAACCGCGUCAGCAGCCGCCCCAAUUCCGUCAACAACAACAGCCGCAACCACAGCCGCAACCACAGCCGCAGCUUAUUCAGAAUCAUCAACAUCAUCACUUCCUCCGACGACGAAGCGGUAACAACUAG